UCAGUUCGCGAUUCUCCCAGCGUCAGGGAUUAUACUCAAAGAUGUAUUCAUCUGUUCUAGUGUUGCUUAUCGCGGUGACUAUUCCGUUUGACAUCGUUGAAGCAGAAAAGUUUUCUCAGGGAAUCCACCUGGGAAAAAACAACUUUAUAGCCCGAUCUUGCCUGGAUUAUUUGGGAAAUGGAGUGUUUGAAAACGGUUUCUACUGGCUUUUCGACGCUAAGUACCAACGAUAUGUUGCUUACUGCGACUUUGAAUCGGAGCCGGGUGCAGCCUGGACCCUUGUCAUGUCUUGGAAUCGAGCGUCCAGAGGCUUACGCCAGUUCAGAAGCAGCACAUUUUCAGAAGACGCACCAAUUAACCAGAAGACACCUAACUGGGACUCGUGCCGACAGACGCUCGCUCGGAUGCAGGGCCUCCGCAGAAGAUCGACACACUGGCGAGCAACCUGCAGCUUCAAUCUCCUUGAUAACCUAGAUUAUCGAGACUACGUCAGGGGAAGUUUCAGCAACAACGAUAUCAUGGGUUUUAUUGGGCACGGCCAAUGCCUGUUGGUGGACUACGCAAAUAUCCGUGGGCAUGCAGCGGGCCCUGGUACAACAGCAAGGUUCUGGCAAGUUCAUAACACCUACAUGCUUCACAUCGACAGCAGUCAUACUGUCUGUGGGUUCGUGCCCACCUCUGGGGCCUCCCCCAGUGAGGACAACUUUGGAUUUCACCGCAUUAUUAAUAACAACUUCCGUUGCAAUGCCGGCGAUUUUUCCACCACACAAUGGUGGUUUGGUGGAUAUCUAGCAUAAUUGUCGAUCAAAUGCUGUGAUCAUUAGCAUUACGCAAAUGGAAUUUACCUGAAUGGAAAGUGCUUCCCUUGAUCAAACAGGAAUCGCAUGCAAAAUUAAUGAUUUCGAUAAAGAACCUUUUUCCCGAAAUAAAAAGAAAAAUUCUCUCAAAAA